AUGUCCGAGCCCAAUUCGAAGGCGUUCCCGCUAGCUACAGAUGACAUGAAUGGCAAACUCUUGGACUUGGUACAGCAGGCUUCCAAUUACAAGCAGUUGAAAAAAGGGGCAAAUGAAGCCACCAAAUCGCUAAAUAGAGGGUUGGCUGAACUAAUAGUUCUUGCGGCCGAUGCCGAGCCAUUGGAAAUCAUUCUACAUCUACCUUUGGUCUGCGAGGAUAAGAAUGUACCGUAUAUAUUCGUAAAAAGCAAGACAGCAUUGGGUCGAGCAUGUGGAGUUUCACGCCCGGUCAUUUCCUGUGCCAUUACCAGCAGGGAUGGGUCACCAUUAAACCCACAAAUUAUAGACGCCAAGGAUAGCAUUGAGAGAUUACUUAUUUGA